GUUGCAACAGAUGGCUUUACCAGCGGCGGCUCGGCGGCGGCUGCACCGAGGAACUCUGGGACGCCGUUAAACACAGGAGAGAGAGAGAGAGAGAGAGAGAGAGAGAGAGAGAGAGAGAGAGAGGGAGGGGUUGUUAGAAAGUCACAGAGCUGAAACAGAGAGAGAGAGACACACAGAGUGAGACUUCUCCUUCUUCUUCUUCUUCCUCAAACCUUCGGCUGCAGACUCGGCGUCCUCCCCUCCAGACGGACACGGAGACAUGUCAGAGUGAAGACAAGAGGAGAUGAUCUGAGCCUUCCUCCUCCUCCUCCUCCUGCUCCUCCUGUUCUGGGGUCAGAGAGGAGACACCUGCUGACAGCGAGGAGGUCCUGAGGGAGGAGACGCAGCAGCAGCAGCAGCAGCAGUAGCAGGAGGUCCCUGCUGAGCUGAACACACUGUUAAACACUCCAGAGUGUCUUUACAAGACGCUGAGCAGGUAAAGCAGCUGAUUGGUGGACCUGUGGGGGGGUCGGGGUCGAGGGCCAUGGCGGGCCGACUCCUCCUCUUCCUGUUCCUCUCUGUGACGCUUGCCCACGCCCACUUCCCGUCCGGCCAGCGGCUGAAGCCCCGCCUCCAGAGAGACCGCCGCAACAUCCGUCCCAACAUCAUCCUGAUCCUGACGGACGACCAGGACCAGGAGCUUGGCUCCAUGCAGGCCAUGAAUAAAACUCGCCGCAUCAUGGAGGAGGGCGGGACUUCUUUCUCCAACGCCUUUGUGACCACGCCCAUGUGCUGUCCGUCACGCUCCAGCAUGCUCACUGGGAAGUAUGUCCACAACCACAACACCUACACCAACAAUGAGAACUGCUCCUCCAUGUCGUGGCAGCGGCAGCACGAGCCCCGAACCUUCGGAGUCUACCUCAACAACACAGGAUACAGGACAGCUUUCUUCGGGAAGUAUCUGAACGAGUAUAACGGCUCGUACGUGCCGGCCGGCUGGAGGGAGUGGCUCGGUCUGGUGAAGAACAGCCGCUUCUACAACUACACACUGAGCCGUAAUGGAGAGAGAGAGAAACACGGAGCACAGUACCCACAGGACUACCUGACCGACCUAAUCACAGCUGAGUCCAUCAGGUAUUUCCGCUCGUCCAAGCGAGUUUAUCCUCACCGUCCGGUCCUGAUGGUGCUGAGUCACGCCGCGCCACAUGGACCAGAAGACUCAGCACCGCAGUACAGCACCGCCUUCCCCAACGCAUCACAGCACAUUACUCCCAGUUAUAACUACGCCCCGAACCAGGACAAGCACUGGAUCAUGAGGUACACCGGCCCCAUGAAGCCGAUCCACAUGGAGUUCACCAACAUGCUGCAGAGGAAACGACUGCAGACGCUGCUGUCAGUGGAUGACAGCGUGGAGAAGCUGUAUAACAUGCUGGUGGAGACCGGUGAGUUGGAGAACACCUACAUCAUCUACACGUCUGAUCACGGUUACCACAUCGGACAGUUCGGACUCGUCAAAGGUAAAUCGAUGCCGUACGAGUUUGACAUCAGAGUCCCGUUCUUCAUCAGAGGACCCAACGUGGAGCAGGGCAGCAUUAACCCUCACAUGGUGCUGAACAUCGACCUCGCUCCAACCAUCCUGGACAUCGCCGGCCUCGACACGCCUCCAGACAUGGAUGGGAAGUCCAUCCUGUCUCUAUUGGACACGGACAAACCUGCCAACAGGUUUCAACUGAGUAAGAAGUCAAAGGUGUGGAGAGACUCGUUCCUGGUGGAGAGAGGGAAGUUGCUCCACCAGCUGGUGGAGGGGAAGGAGGUUUCUCAGGAGGAGAACUUUCUGCCCAAACAUCAACGAGUUAAAGACCUAUGUCAGCGAGCCGAGUACCAGACACCGUGUCAGCAGAGUGGACAGAAGUGGCAGUGUGUGGAGGAUGCCACGGGCAAGCUCCGGCUCUUCAAGUGUAAGAGUGAAGGGGGCGGGGCUAAGAGCCCACAGAGGGGCAUGGUCGCCCGCCAGCGUCCAAUCAGCAUCAAGUCUCAGCUGUACCAGCCGACCUCUGACCCCGCCUGCGACUGCAGCCUGCGCGACCUCCGACCUCUGAGCGUGAUGAGGCCCUUCAACAAGAAGCCCUUCUUCUCUCCCAAGAAGUUUAAAGCCCUGAAGAGUUACUCCAGGAACCGUUACAGCCGCUCUGUCACCCUGAGCAACAGUUACCCCGGCAACCACAGUGUGCAGGAUGACGACGACGACUUCAGCGGGAUGGGAGGAGCUCCAGAAGCCGCCACCACUGUCGCCGCCACCACGCCAGACUCACACAAGGUCACACACAGAUGUUCCAUCUUGCCCAACGCCACGGUGCAGUGUGACACCGGCGUCUACGAGUCUCUGCAGGCCUGGAAGGACCACAAGCUGCACAUCGACCACGAGAUCGAGACGCUGCAGACCAAGAUCAAAAACCUGAGAGAGGUCAGAGGUCACCUGAAGAAGGCCCGCCCCCUGGAGUGUGACUGCAACAAAUACCUGUAUAAAUCCAAACUGAAGAACAAGCUGCGGUUCAGAGGAGGAGGACACCCGUUCAGGAAGGGCGGGGCUCGGGAUAAGAAGGCGUGGCUCCUGAAGGAGCAGAAGAGGAGGAAGAAGAUGAGGAAGCUGAUCAAGAGGAUCAAAAACAACGACACAUGUUCGAUGCCUGGACUCACCUGCUUCACACACGACAACCAGCACUGGCACACCGCCCCCUACUGGACAUUGGGUCCGUUCUGUGCCUGUACCAGCGCCAACAACAACACCUACUGGUGUCUACGGACCAUCAACGACACACACAACUUCCUGUUCUGUGAGUUUGCCACAGGAUUCCUGGAAUACUUCGACCUGAACACAGACCCAUACCAGCUGAUUAACGCUGUCAGCUCGUUGGACCGGACCGUCCUCAACCAGCUUCACGUCCAGCUGAUGGAGCUGCGAGGCUGCAGGGGACACAAGCAGUGCAACCGCCGCACACGCUCCAUGGAGCAGGACGUCUCUUCAGCUGGAGAGAGGGAACACGGCAGCUUCGAUGACUACAGGGUGUUUGAAAGGAGGAAGUGGCCAAGAAUCAAGAAACCGUCUUCGUCGUCUCGAACUCUGGGACCAAUCUGGGACGGCUGGAAGGGCUGAGCCUCCUGAUUGGUCGGAGCAGGCUCCUGACUCCACCCAUGGCAGCCUGAAGGGGCGUGUCCCCCCACCCCAUCUCACCGUCAGCCAAUCAGCUUCUGCCAUACCUGUGACAUCACUGGGCCCCCCCACACCCUGCUGCUCAGGGAGAUGCUGGGACCAAACACCUCCUCUCCUCUGAAGAGGGUCGCUGCAUGAGGAGGAGGAGGAGGAGGAGACGAUUAGGAGGAGAGCUUGUUGGACCUGCACCUCUCCUCCUCCUCCUCCUCCUCUUCCUUCACCUCUCUCCUCCUCCUUUCCUCCUCCUCUACUCCUUCUCCUCCUCCUCUCUCUCCUCCUCAUGCUCCUCCUCUCUCCCUCCUCCACUCCUCCAAACUUCUCCUCCUCUUUACUCUCUCCUCCUCAUCUUUCCUCUCUCCUCCUCUCUCCUCUCUCUGCUCCUCCUCUCUCCUCCUCCUCCCCCUGCACCUCCUCCUGCUCCUCCUCUUCAGGUUCCUCCCAGCAGCCAUAUCUCUUGUCUUUCUCAGCGUCUGUUACCGAAUGAGUCGUUUGUUGUUUUAAACUCAGACUGAGACUCUGUGACAUCACUGUGACAUCACUGAUGACAUCACUGAUGAUGUCACUCUUUUUUCUUGUUAUUUUUUAUUUCUUUCACUAACUCGAGUGACGUUACUGACGACGGAGCUUCAGUUGUACUAACCAGGUGACUGACUACAGUUCCCAUGAUGCAACAGGACGGAGCGCUGGACGACGAGAACAUUUUGAAAUUAAAAACGUUAAAGAAGGAUUUCCAGAUUGUGGGACUGCCUGAGUCUGUGAGCCAAUAGGAACAGGACUACAUGAUGAUGUCAUGAUCUCUGUAGUUUUAUCACUCUUCCUCUUCUCAUCACUCGUUUCCAGCUGAUUUACUUUUUUUUACUUUUUCGUUAUUUGCUGUCAGACUUUCUCACAAAUGUCCAGAGAUAAAAUGAGGACUUAUAAAAUGUAAAAUAUAACUUUAGAGAAACUCGACCGGACUCACACAGGAAGAGAAACAGAUUGAACACGUCUGAUGAUUUCUGACCUUUUUUAUUCCAUCCAGCAAAGAGUGUUGCCGAUAUUGAAUACACCUUUAAAAACUUGAAUAUAAAGUCAUCAGAUGUGUGUUAAAAUCAACUCUCAGAUACUUUUACACUGUGAAGUCCAACUCUUCUGUCAGUUCCUACAGUUCCCAGAAUGCCUUUCAGCAGCACAGAGAGAGAGAGGGGACAGGUCUUUAUAUGCUGAGUGACAGAAGAACUGACAGUUUGCAGGUAGAUAACAGCUGCUUACAGCUGCAAACUGCUAACAGAUGCUACCAGCUGAACAGCCUUGUAGGUUUCUAUUAUUCAUUUUUUUGUUUUUUUAUCUGCACCAAAAACAAGUUAGAAAAAAGAUUAGCUUCAUUUUAUGCACGUGUUCACGGCCUAGGAAGUUAUUGUUACAAUUGCUUCCUAGGCAGCACACACAACAACAGAGAAAAUCUAGAAACAAAAGCUGCAUUCAAACAGAUUGAGAGAGAAAAAAAUAAUGAAUUAAACUUAAAUAACUUUGCACACUGCAACCAAAAAGACGUUUGAUUUCAGAUCAAAAAAGGUUGUUUACAAAUCCAAAAGUUUUGUUUGCAAACUGAAAACUUUUUCUACUUACUGUUCAGUUGAUUCUACAAACAAAAAUUUAGCAAACAAAAGUUUUUGUUUGCUUUUAAUUUUGUUUUCUUUCAUCGCAAAUUUUAUUUUACUUGCAGUAAAACAUUUUUUGAUCGCAGCGUGGAAAGUUUAUUCUCAAACAUUUUCUGUUUGACUGUUUAAUAAAGACACAAAACCAACCUGUACAGAACCACACAGUCCUCUACAACCUCUCUGCGUGGACUUUAUCGCUCUUACCACAUCACCUCCUGUCAGAAUCACUGCAGCCACCAGUUUUGUAGUAUGGUGAUCGGUCUUGGUGUCGAGACCAGUCUCAAGACCACUUUUUAAAGGUCUCUUCUCGGAAUCGUCUGCAUUUUUACUCAGUCCUGUCUCGGUCUGGGACAAAGCGGACUCUGGAUUUUAUUUCAAGACCGGUCAAGACCACAACUGUGCAUUUUGGGAUUUACUUGUUAAUAUUGUUACUGUGGUUUUGCGUAAAUCGUAUUGCUUUGAGUACAGCCAAUAACAUCACUCAUAUAUAUAAUUUGAAAUUGUUGUCACCCCUCCCGCCUCCUUUCACAUGCCCCCCUCAAAAGUGCAUGUGAGUGACAGGAGAAAAUGUCAGCCAACUCGCCUGUAAUAAAAUUUGGUUACCUGAACCACAAAGAUUUUUUGUGCACAGCUACAAAAAAAAGAAAACACAACGCAACUUGUAAAUUCUGCAAAGCAACGGUAACGGAGAUGGCUGGGACUGGUCUUGGUCUCGACGUGGUCUCGAUACACCGUAGUCUUGACUACAACACUGGCAGCCACUAGAGGGCGCCACACAACAAACUGCACAGAGAAGCUGUUGGUUGAUUGUUGGGAAGGACAGUCUCUGAUUAGAGUCGUCUCUCAGGUGAAUUAAUAACCAGUGCAUAGGUGUAAUUUAUGAGGGGAUGGGUGGGUUGCAACCCACUCAAUAAUCCAAUCGAGCCACCACAACCCACCCAUGAUACCAUCAUACCAUCAAUUAUUGAUAAUGAAUGAAAGUUUUAUAAACCCAACAAUGUGGUAGAUUUUCUCAAUUUAGCAGAUAGUGACGUUUGUGUGCGCCUCCUCCCACUCUGAGAUUUGGUUUUGCCCACCUCAGACCAUAUAAAUAUAUAUAUAGGCGGAAAUCUCAACCCCCCUAAUGUACAACUCAAAGUUACGCCCUUGAACCAGUGAAAUGUGGUUUUAAUGUGUGAGAUCUGAGGGAGCGAGUUCAUGCAUCAGUGUUUGAUGUCAGAGAGGAUUCAGCAGGUUUAAUGUUGUGUUUUAGGACUUUAAGAGCACAAAUUUAGGGUUUAAAGGAGCAUUCUUCGAAGGAUUAGACGAUCAUUCCUUCAUGAAAUGUGCUGGACCUUUUAAACUCAAGAUAUUUACUGCUACUGUUUAUACAUUCUGGAAGAUACAGAGCCAGUGUGUGAAAGCCUUGUUGUGCUGUUGGUCUGAUUAUUGUUGUUUGACUCUGUUUCAACUGCAAAAGAAAAAAGAACUGACUCUGUGACGUAAAAAUAUGUAGUUUUUUAUGUUUCAGAUCAUAUUCCUGACCUGAUGAACACACUCUCUCUCUCAGUAGUUUCCCUCUCGUGGUGUGAAAGUGUUUCGGGAGGUUUUUUCUCUCUUUCCUGUGUGAGUUCAGCCAGCCGUCUGCUGUUUAUAGAGUUUUUUAACCCUUCAUGUAUUUUGCUCUGCGGUGCUAUUUGCUGUCUAACAACUAUCUAGGAAAAACCUCCUGGUUGUGUUUGAAUGUAUUUGUAAAUGUUUAGGUGUGUUUUCUAAAGACGCACACUAGAAUGGGAGCUCACACACACACACACACACACACACACACUCACACACUGAAGGACUGCUGAGCACUUUGAUGGAGGUUGUGGACCUGUGUGAUGCUGAUCUAACACCUGUACAGAAACAGUGAUUGGUUUAGUUUGUGAAUAAAGUGUCCAAUGCCAAAAUGUA